AUGGACGUGCACGAAAAAGAAUCUAUAAGCGAUGUCGACAGUAUUGGACACGCUUCCUCUGGGGCGGAUUUGACAGAAGACUUUGCCAACCUAUUGUCGGAGAAAGAGCUCCUGGGUGAGGACCAAAACUUUAACACUACGCGACCCAGAUAUAGUACACACCGACACGUUGCAUGUGGAAUAUGCAAAAAGGAUCAUAGGUUGGUGACAUGCUCCAAAUACACAAACAUGAAUCUAAAGGAAAAAUACGACGCAGUCACAACCCAUAAAUACUGCAUCAAUUGCUUGGCCAGAUCACACCGGACAAAGAGCUGUACAAGUGAGAAGAGAUGUUCCACAUGCAAUGGAAAACAUCACUCCACCCUACAUGGACACCCAAGAUUAUACACUGAUGCCACGGAAACGAAAAGAGAUCGAGGAGUCGAAGCACAUCCCUUCACCACCCCUAGAGGACCACCAUCAUUACUGGCCAAGCAGACCCUUGUACCCACGGCACUCAUCCGCAUCAAACAAGCGGACAAAUGGCAUAAAGUCAGGGCCCUCAUCAACCCGGUCCAAAAAAUAACCACCAUCGGCUCUGACUUAAUAAAAAAGUUGAGACUGCCGAUAACAUACCUCAACGAACAUCGGAUUUGCCAUCUCAAAAUCGGAUCACUAACUGAUGAUCAAUUGCGACUCGAAACACACGCCUUGAUAUCAAAGGAUUUACCCACACGACCCUAUGAGCAGGACAUAAGCGACGAGAUUCGAAAACGUUUCGAUCACUUAGUCCUAGCUGACCCAUCAUUCACGAAGGCAAACAACGUAAUGCUCGAACUUGGAGCCGACCUAUACCCAAAAAUUAUAAGGUCCGGCAUAUUUCACCCCGAUAAUGGCACAGUCGUCGCCCAAAACACCACAUUAGGAUGGAUUUUAACCGGAGUUUUAAACUAG